CUUCAUCAACAAAAAAUCCUUGCAACGCGAAAAAGGAGAGCGGAAAAAGAAAAGAAAAAAAAACCCCCAAAAAGAAGCGAUUUUGAUCAAAGAGAAGGUAAAAAGAGAAAGCCAUGGCGAUCGACUACUACAAGCUCCUUCAAGUCCAUCGAAGCGCUAGCGACGACGACCUCAAGAAAUCCUACCGCAAGCUUGCCAUGAAGUGGCACCCCGACAAAAACCCUAACAAUAAGAAGGAGGCCGAGGCCAAAUUCAAACAAAUAUCUGAAGCUUACGAUGUCUUGAGCGACCCCGAUAAGCGAGCAAUCUACGAUCAGUACGGCGAAGAGGGCCUCAAAGGAGAGGUCCCUCCUCAUGGUUCAGGAUCGGGGCCGGGCGAUUUUAGGUUCAAUCCUCGUAGCGCAGAUGACAUUUUCUCGGAGAUUUUUGGGGGAAGUGGUGCUUUUGGGGGAAUGGGACACUCUGGUGGUCCCCCAAUGGGUGGGGCCCAGUUCUCAAGGGGUUUUUUUGGGGAUAGCAUAUUUUCUGCUUUUGGUGGUGCUAGAGGAGGAGGAGGAGAACCGGCUGCUGCUAGUGCGCCGAGGAAAGCGCCGCGGAUUGAGAGGACAUUGGUUUGUAGCCUGGAGGAUUUGUAUAAGGGGACUUCGAAGAAGAUGAAGAUCUCGAGGGAUGUCAUUGAUUCUAUUGGGAGACCAAAAACUGUGGAAGAGAUCUUAACAAUAGAUAUAAAACCCGGAUGGAAGAAGGGCACAAAGAUCACAUUUCCAGAAAAAGGCAAUGAGCAACACAACCUAAUACCUGCAGAUCUUGUCUUCAUUAUCGAUGAGAGGCCACAUGGUGUCUUCAAGAGAGAAGGCAAUGAUUUAUUUGUCACCCAAAAGCUCUCUCUUCUUGAAGCCCUAACAGAUUACACUGUACAACUGACAACCCUGGAUGGCCGAAGUCUUACAAUUCCCAUUAACUCCAUAAUUAGUACUGAUUAUGAGCAUGUUGUUCAAGGUGAAGGAAUGCCAAUCGCGAAGGAUUCAUCAAAGAAAGGGAAUUUAAGGAUCAGGUUUCAGAUCAUGUUUCCGAUGAGGCUUACAGCAGAGCAGAAGCAGGGUAUCCAGAAAAUGCUGACUCCUUCCUGAAACUUGUGAACUUAUCCUUCUAACUAGGCUUAUUUUCACUUUUUUACCCCAAAGUUUAUCUUAUUUUUUCACUUUUGAUGCUAAAGUAUUUUUUUAGCACUUAGAUACUCCAAAGUUUCAGACCCAUUUUAUUGUCAUACCCUGCCAGAUUUUGUUAGAUUUUCUGUUAAAUUUAAAUCAUGUGCCUAGCGUGUGUAAGCCAUAUAUAAUUUAUAUCAUGUGCUUAGCGUGUGGUACUCUCAUCUAUUACUGUCGGGAACAUUUGGAUAAGUGAACCUUACAAGUUUGAUAGAAAACCUGACGACAUCUGCAUGGAUGCAUCAAAGUGAAAUGAGACUGAAACUUUGGGGGUAUCAAACUGAUAUAAAACACUUUGGAUAUCAAAGAGAAAAGUUGGGUAAGCUUUUGGGUACCGAAUUGAAAAUAAUCCGUCUAAAUACUUGCAAUCUCUUAACACUAACAGUUUUUAGAAUUGCAAGUUGUUGAUUAAUUAAGAUCAUAUUGAGAAGCAGGCGCUGGACUUUAAUGUAAUUUUUGUCUCUACUGAUUGUGGAAAAUACUGCUGUUGGAAUUACGUAUUUUGUGUUAUUUUCUUGGAAGCUUGCAUCUUGAAAUGAUUCUGCGUUCUCAA